GACGCGUAACUUUGAAACCUACAGUACAUGAUGAAAUCUCCCUGGUUGAAAACACAGAACACAGAAAACGGAAGUAGCUGCUGAGAACACCAAUCAGAAAAGAGAAGUAACAUUUUGGUUUUGCGAGUCUGGGCAAUUUGUGCUUGCCAUAACAAACCAGGAAAACCAGAUCCUGAUAACCAUCUCUACUCUGCGGAACUAAGCACAGACCAUGGUGAAGCUGUGACGCCUGGCCAUGCUGGAGGAGCAGAAGGAAGAUGAAGACAGGAGCAGUAACAUUAUUAAGAUUCGUAACAAUGAAUUCUAUACUGCUAUUAUGGAUGAAGACCUGGGACGUAUUGAGGAUGUGUCAAAAAUGUAUGGGAGUAACUUUCUAAUCCAGGUUCAUGAUGGUGCACCUGGAAAAGUUUUCUGGAAGGGCGUUGCCAUCCUUCCACUUCACCUGGCUGCCUCUUACAGAAGAGCAAGAAGCAUGCAGAGUCUGCUGUCAGCGGGAGCAGACCCGGAAAUGAGGGACCAGCUCGGUCGAACCACACUACACUUGGUGAUAACUGGCUGGCCGAGCAUCCUGACUACUUUGCCUGAACCAGAUACCAAGUCCCAGACAGCUGCGAUGGGUGUGCACAGGAAGGCAGAGGCCUGUCUACAGCUCCUCUGUGAGCAUGGUGUUAACGUCAAUGCAGAGGUGGAGGGAGAGAGUCAGCAGACAGCUCUCCACCUAUCAGUACGCUACGCUGCUCUGUCUGCUGUCCAGAUUCUUGCCAACCAUGGUGCUGAUGUUAACGCCGUGGACAGCAGUGGGAUGACGCCCCUGCAUAUGGCUGCUGGGAUCCUCCAUAAGGACAUUAUAGCCAACUUGAUCAGGCAUGGAGCAGAUAUCAACAAGGGGAUGAAGCACUCUGGAAACACUCCUCUGCACCUAGCUGCAGUGGCAAUGUCUAUGAAGACCUCUAAAACCCUGGAAGACAACAUGAGCUGCAUCUCUGUGCUGCUGGAGCACAGGGCUGAGCCCAAUGCAGAAAACAAGGCGGGACUUACACCUUUACAGGAGGCUUGCAGCAUGGGCAACACGGAGCUGGUGGACCUGCUGCUCAGGUACGGAGCUAACAUCAAUAAGCCGAGCCAAGCAGGGGAGAACUGUCUGUUUCUGUUCCUGAAUCACAGGCCUAAUGUAAGGAACAGCUCCCUGCUUGUGAAACUCCUCAGCCUGACCUCCCCGCUCACCGUCUACGACCAAAACGGCCACCUGCCCUCAACCUUGACAUUUCCAUGUUUCUUCAAGCAGAGAGACCAGCUACUAAAACUCAUUCAGCAGCCAAGAAGACUUCAGGAUAUUUGUAAGAGUCAUAUUUAUCUGAAACAUGUCCAAGGCAAGAGAGAGGAAUUGAAAAAAAUCCUGCCUGAGAGGUUAUAUGACUUUGUUUUUAACUACUGGGAGAACAUACACAACAUCUCCUUUGUGACCGAUGGUGAACAGGACUUUUUUAAUAACAUAUAUGAUACUACUCCUAGUUGACACUUGUGUGUCAGGGUGACUGCAAACAUUUGCAUGAAGAUAAACAAACACUUAAAUCUAAAAACCUCAAGCACACAAAAACGUGCUAAUCAAAUAAAAUGUCUCAAAGCAUCUUACCUUCAAGUCUCUGUGCAUGAUUCCCCUGGAGUGAAUGUACUCCACCCCUUCAAGUAUGUUUCUCAACAGGCUGAGAGUGUGUUCAGUAUCAACACAUCCAUAAGGACCUGAAAAUAUCAAAGUUCAUUGUAUUUAUUUCCAAAAUAGUUUUUUAUAUCUUAGAAUACAUAUGAAAUA